AUGACCUUCCAGGCCGAGGCGGAUACGGACCCCUUUUCGCCGCCUCAGACACAGCCGGCCUCCAUGUCCGCUACUUCAUCACCGGCUUCUCAGGCACACAGCACCUCCUCCACAGUCCCCAUCGAUGCCAGCGACAGAAGCUCAAAUACCGACCCGGGCAACGACGGACGCUCCCGAGAAUCCACGGUGCCAGCAGCUUGUCUCGCCUGCCGCAGCAAACACCUCAAAUGCGACGGGCAAGCUCCUUGCGCCCGCUGCGUCAGUACCCAAAGUGAAUGCGUCUAUGUCGCCUCCCGGAGAGGGUACAAGGGUCCGCGUCGGGGGGCCGCCCAGAACCCCAACAAGAGGCAGGCCACAUCGCCUCCCGACUUGAGUCCCGGUCCCGGUGUUUCCGAUUGUCCCAUGCUUCUUGGGGCUCGAACGGGCGCGUCAAAUAUGCCCACCAUUUCUGGAAGCGCAUUCAUCCCACCUACUUUGCCCUCACAGGCUGUUACCGCGACACAGUACGCCGGUCAUGCACAGCCAACAAACAUGGAGCUCUACAAAUCAUACUGCGCUGUCAACGAGAUAGACCCGGCUUGGGUAGUCAAUAGCUCCGGUAGCCGGAUAUUUACGCACAGCACCGGUCCGAGUAUCGAGGAAAAGUGUUUCGACUCGUUCUACCAUCACUUCCAUGCCUCACAUCCUUUCGUACUGCCCAAACCUUUUCUUCUCCAAAUGGCCAAGGAAGUUUCGACGAAAGCGCUCUUUGCUGCGAUCAGAUGGGUGGGAUCAAUAUUCAUCGAUGCGGGUGCCUCGACUCGUGAGAGAUUGUUUGACGAGGCCUUUUCUCUUGUUCAAGACCCCGGACGGUCCAAGGACGGCUUCCUGGUUCAAGCCAUGAUGCUUUUGAUUGUGGGCCUGGAUGGCGGCUGCCAGCAGGAGAAGGCGCGAUUGAUUCUGAACGAUGCGGAAACCUUGGCCCUGGAACUGGGCCUGCAAACUCGGGAUUUCGCAAUCUCUCACGGACGAGGCAUCGCCGUGCUGGAGGAAAGCUGGCGUCGAACGUGGUGGGAUUUGUUCGUCAUAGACGGAAUGAUUGCAGGGGUUCACCGCGUCACCAACUUUUUGCUUUUUGACGUGCCGGCGGGAGCCGCACUUCCCUGCGAAGAAGAUCAAUAUCUAACUGCGAGUAUACCUAUUCCGCUUUAUCUUGACGAUCUUGAAGACCAAGACUUUUCCGGCGAAGACCGCGAGUUCUCCUCGUUUGCCUACCGAGUCUUGUGCGCGCGAAAUCUGGGCAAGUUCAUGCGGGUGGGCCCCAUCUUUGGGUCGGAUGAUGAGAACCUGGCCAAGAUUGAAAGCCUCUUGACCAACUGGCGCCUGCACCUUCCGGCAGCAAAACGGGACGCACUGCAAAAGAACGGGAAGCUGGACGAGAUGAUGUUCCAGGCUCACAUGAUGAACCAAGCCACGUCCAUCAUGCUCCAUCAGCCACACUCGCAACUCGACUCGACACCGACCCAGGACAUCAAUUCUUGCGCGCCGCAUCAGGCUAUCCAGGCGGGGGAUCUGUUCAACUCGCACACGAGGCACACCAUACAAUCUGCCAACAGCAUCAGCAACAUGAUUACUCACAGGGUACCGCUCCUUUCACACACGCACUUUUUCACGUGCGUCAUCACGCUGUCCUCGAUUGUGCAUCUCAGCCGAUGGGCGCUGUUCUUCAUACCGCACGACGACGACGAUCUUCGCCAGCAAGUCCGGCUCAACAUUGGGGCGCUGAACUGCCUUUCCGAAGUAUGGGGUGCCGCAGACCGGGCUCGCGGGCAGGUCAAGGCGGUAGCUCAGGAAAUAUACAAGGCGAAGAAGCAGCAGCGAGAAAACUCGCAGUUUUGGCUGGGUCUUUCUCAGCAGGAGAUGCUCAGCACGAUUGCGGCGGAUGACUCCAUCAUCAGCGAAAUCGAGAGCUAUGAAAUAAUGCCAACUCUGCUGGGAUAG